GGGAUGUUUACAAAAUACAGGAACUCAGAGGAAAAGGACACAUGACAAGUUCUAGAGGUCUUGCAUUUAACAGGCUGUCUAGACAGGAACCUCAGAAGCUCAUCAUAAAACUUAUACAUUUGUGAGAAAGAGAAUUUUCCAAAAGUCAGGACAUAUAGGUGAAUCAUUUGAUCCAGCAACCAGACGACUCUUUGCAGAAUGAGUUUCAAGUCUCUAGUUUCUACAAAAUGGCUUUUUGAUACCAUCUCAAAUGCUCCCUCCAAACUCAGAAUACUAGAUUCCUCUUACUAUCUACCAAAAGCCAAGAGAGAUCCUUAUGAAGAAUUUAAACAGAAACAUAUUCCUGGUGCUCAGUUUUUCAGUAUUGCAGACUGCUGUGAUAAUACCUCAAAAUACGAACAUAUGCUGCCGAACCCACAGGAUUUUGCAGCAUAUGUGGGUAAACUAGGAAUAAGCAAUGACACACAUGUCAUUGUCUAUGAUGCUUCAGAUGGUUAUGGCUUCUUCUCAGCUCCAAGAGCCUGGUGGAUGUUUCAUGUAUUUGGACAUACAAAAGUUUCAGUUUUAAAUGGAGGCUUUAAGAAAUGGUGUGAGGAUGGAUUACCAACAUCAAACACAAUAGAAAAUGUGAAGACAGAAACUUUUAAUCCAAAGUUUAACCCAGAUUUGGUUAAAAGUUUUGAAGAUGUUGAAAAUAAUCUAAACUCAAAGAUUUUCCAAGUUGUUGAUGCUAGAGGUGCGGAUAGAUUUCAUGGAACAGGCCCAGAACCAAGACCUGGAAUUAAACCAGGGCACAUUCCUCUUGCCAAAAAUAUUCCUUAUGGAGAAGUGGUGGAUAAGAAUACUGGGACCUUGAAAUCUCCUGAAGAGCUGGAAGAAAUGUUUUUGAAAACUGGAAUAGACCUGAAGCAACCAAUAGUGGCUUCGUGUGGCUCUGGUGUGUCUGCGUGUGUUCUGUCAUUUGCAGCAUCCACUCUGGGUAAGACCGUUCCUGUGUAUGAUGGAGCGUGGGUAGAAUGGUACCUAAGGUCAAAACCAGACCAAAGAGCAGAAUGUCCAGAGGACAGUUAAUCUGAUUUAACAAAGUUUUUCAAUUAUAAAGACUUGGAUGUCUCUUGCCUGAAUUUUUGUAAAAUACCUGGUAAUUUAUUUGUCGGUGCAUCUUUAAUUUAAAGAUAUAACUAUUUGAUGAUUAAUAAUAAUGAUCAACAAUGGUGAUACUCUAAUAAAAACAGGAUUUGGUUUCAUUUGUUAA